UUAUGUCAGUAACGGUUGAAAUAUUUCAUAACUUCAAGAUAACAGAGAUAAAAUUUAAAAAAGAAAUGAAUAACAAAAAUUGGCAUUCAGCUUCUAUUGCCUUGAGGGAUUGGUUCGGUGCUCCGGGCUUUCGGUCAUUAGUAUUCCUUAUGAAACUAAAUAGUAGCUUUGAUACAAACUUUUAUGAACUCAUGUUCCAGUAUCCGGUCGCACACUCGUUAGUUCCUUUUCAUUUUUUUGUCGCUUUUCUUUUUGUAUUUAUUGUUUGACGCUUGUUUUCCGACACAGUUUCCACUUAUUGUUUAUUUUUAGAUCUAUUGUUCAUCGUUUGUCAAGCUGUCAAUAGAUUUAACACUCUGUACCUGUACAAAUAAAGCUGACAUUAUGGAGAACGGUCACAAGACGUCGGCUAAAACCACAAUUUUAGAUAAAGUUCUAGAAUUGUUAGACUCUGAAGGUGUUAUUGGAACAGAUAGAAAACAACCAGUUGUUGUUUUCAAACAUCCCAAAGAACUAAAGACUGAAAUCCCCAAUUUGGAUCUGGAAGCGCCGAUUACUGAUGAAAAACAAUUGUGGGAUGUAGUAAGACGUAUCAUACAGCACUGUGUAAAGACCUCCCAUCCUUAUUUUUUGAACCAGCUCUACGGAGGUCUUGAUCCAUACGGACUAGCUGGAGCAUGGAUAUCAGAAGCUCUCAAUACAAAUCAGUACACAUACGAAGUAGCUCCAGCAUUCACUUUGGCUGAAUUAGCAGUCCUGAAGCGUGUUCUAAAUCUUGUAGGAUUCGAAAAUGGUGAUGGAAUUUUUGCUCCAGGAGGGAGUAUUGCUAACAUGUUCGCCAUAGCUUUGGCAAGAUAUAAGAUGGAUCCCACUACUAAGAACAGAGGCAUUUCACAUUUGCCUCCUCUAGUUAUGUUAACAUCAGACGAGAGCCACUAUUCCAUGCUAAAGGCUGCCCACUGGUUCGGAGUGGGCACUGAUAAUGUGAUCAGGGUGAAGACGGAUGAGAGAGGUUGCAUGAUGACGUCAGCCCUGGUUGAGUGCAUCGAAAGUGCACUGUCAGCAGGAAAGAAGCCGUUCUUUGUGAACGCCACCGCUGGUACGACGGUUCUGGGCGCGUUUGAUCCGUUAGCUGAAAUCGCUGACGUGUGCGAAAAGUAUAAGUUGUGGCUGCAUGUUGACGCUUGUUGGGGUGGAUCGUUGAUGUUCUCUCAGAAAUAUUCUUCUAUCCUAAAGGACUCCCAUAGGGCUGACUCACUGGCAUGGAAUCCACACAAGAUGCUUGGAGCUCCUCUACAGUGCUCCAUUCUGGUUAUCAAAGAAAAGGGCCUGCUGCAUCAAUGCAACUCGGCGGCAGCCACCUACCUGUUCCAGCAGGACAAGUUCUACGACACCGGCUACGACACGGGCGACAAGAGUGUGCAGUGCGGUCGCAAGGUGGAUGCCUUCAAGCUGUGGCUCAUGUGGGCCGUCCGCGGCCAUCAGGGCUUUGCCAGCCUCGUCGACAACUGCAUGAAGGUCUCCAGGUAUUUUAUGAGCAGGAUAAAAGAGACUGAAGGUUUCAUGUUAGUUCUGCCCGAGUUCCAGUGCACCAACAUCUGCUUCUGGUACAUUCCGCCCAGUCUACGCAAAGCCACCGAGAGAAACGAGCAAUGGUGGGAAAAGCUCUCGGAGGUGGCUCCCAAGAUCAAGGAACGUCUUAUAAUGGCGGGAAGCCUUAUGAUUGGCUACCAGCCGCUGAAGCAUCGCAACUUACCCAACUUCUUCAGGCUGGUUACAACUUGCCACCCCCCUCCCACCAACCAAGAUAUGGAGCAUGUGAUCAGCGAAAUUAUCGAAAAAGGUGCUGAUUUGUAACUGUCGUUCAUGAAAUAAUGGGGGUUAUAAAAAGUUGUAAAAUUCCAGUUGUCAUAUGAGUGAUUCUUUAUUUAUCUCUUAUAGAUCAUAUCGGUUUUCGAUUUUGAGAUUCAACAACCUACUUGAAAUAACUGGGUUUGAAAAACUUCGCUACAUUCCAGAUAUGAGUUUUUAUAUAUAUAUUUAUAGUCUGUUCUUAAAAUUAAUUCAGGGCUACUUAUUUUUAUUUAUAAAAUAUAAUUAUAUUAGGUACCCUUUUUUGAAAUUAAUAAAAUAAUAGAAUAAAAAUACAGAUUAUUACAACUAGUUUCAGUGAUCCACACCAUCUUCAGGUAUUAAAAUAAAAAUGAAAACAUUAAAAAGACUUUCAUUUUUUAAAGCCUGAAGAUGGUGUGGAUCACUGAAACUAGCUGUGAUAAUUUGUAUUCUUAAUCUAUUAUUUUACUUACUUUAUCUGGCUCUACAGUCCUGGGUGGACCUUGGCCUCCUCUACAUAACGCCUUCAUACAUCCCGCUCUUGUGCUCCCUGCCGCCAGUUUGCCACACCUAGCACACGGAGAUCUUCCACCAUAUCGCUGAUCCAUCUUCUUCUUGGCCUUCCUCUUUUUCGGUGCCCAUCAUCCUUUCAUCAAGCAGCUUUUGUGGUACUCUUUCAUCACUCAUUCUUACCAUGUGACCCAGCCAUUCUAUUCUUUUUGCGUUGAUACACCUUAUAAUAUUUCUUUCGCUAAUUGCUUCAUCAAUCUCAUUGUUAAAUCUGGCUCUCCAGUUUCCUUUAACGCAGACCGGUCCCCAUAUCCUCCUGUACAUCUUCUCUCAAAAGACCUCAACGCUCUUUCAUCUUUAUUCAAAAUGGUCCACUUUUCAGCUCUGUAAGUCACAACCGGCCUUAUCAAUAUUUUGUACAUCUUUACCUUGUUUUGCCUAGAAAUCAGUCUGCUUUUGAAAAUUUUCUGAUUAGCAUAGUAUGCCCGAUUGCCCAUCAUAAUUCGGGUGGAGAUUUCAUGACUAGUUUUAUUAUCAGCUUUCAGUGUUACUCCCAAGUAUUUAAACUCGCUGACGCCUUCCACUUCACAAUCGUCUUCUUUUUUCAAGUUGUUAGUCUUCUUCUUUCAUCUGCUGACAUUUGCAGUAUGUACUUUGUUUUACCUACAUUUAUUUCAAGGCCUAAAACUGUAGCUUCCUCCUUGAGUGUCUAUUAUUCUAUUAAUUAUUAUUUUAUUAAUUUCAAAAAAGUGUACUAUAAUUCUAUUUUAUAAAUUAUUGUCUGCUGUU